AUGCACUCUGCAAUCCAUCCAUGCGGGUCACGUGUUUCUCGCUCGAGGACUGGGUCAUGUGACGAGUUCUCGGGACAAGCCGCGCGAGCAGCCGAUGCCUGCGCUCACAUACAGUCGAAGCGCCAAAGGUCUCGGACUGCGGAGUUGAACGGCGUCCUCAAUAACUCGACAUCUACAGUCACCGCCCAUUUCUCUGCGCCAUGUGUCGCCGAGCGCCGUCAGCAUCAGCGUCGCCAUUCCAGCAGCAAAGCAUCUUAUCCUCCCAACAGCGCUGCCGGCAAUGGCAAGUCAGCUUCUCCCGCCAAGGAUGCACCUGUGACGCCAGCGACUCCGGUUUCAUCAUCAAUAUCAGGAAACGCAGCUCCGCCACGGACCAAGCGGGCAUACAAGGCGAGGAAGCCGCGUGCUGUAUCCAUGAGCAAGGUUGAGAAUCACUUCGCUGGGCUGCCUUCCGUGGAGAAUACGAAAGGCUGGCGAUACAAUGAUUUCGCCAUGUCAUCGUUCUUUUCACUCCAUCGACCUCUGGCGCUAAUCGUCCCGCUUCCCCGGCCAUCAUCCGCCGACGAAUUCGCGAGCAUUUUCGAAUCUCGACAUGAUGCAUGGCACAAUGGCAACUCCGCUGAGGGACGACCGGAAGAUGUGGUAUAUGCACUUAACCCGCUGUUCCAGGACACUACCGCGAGUGAGCUUGGCAACCAGGAGGGCGCAUCAUGGACGGAUAGCCAAGAAGGCAUCAUCUCAUUGGAGGAUGCGAAACAUCUGGAUGGUCUGACAAACGCAAAAUCUUUUGACGAUGUGAUGGCUCGAUUCCAACACAUGCCGUUCCGUGCUCCUCCACCACCUCAACCUUUUGUCGGAGACAAGCCCGUGAGCAAGAAACGCUCGGCCAAGGAGAGGGAGGCAUUCAAGGAGCAGACCAUGAAAGUUCUUAAUGGUCUCAAAACCGCUGAGCGCACCUUUCAGACACUACUCACAAUGACCGAGGCCACAUCACAGGACGGACAAAAAUUCUAUAUCGCCGAACGCGGUCCGAUUGUUGAGUUGCCGAAUGCGGAAGCCGAGGCGCUCGAGGAACAAGGCACAUCCCGCACCCGAAGCCAAUCUUCGCGUCUGCGGUCCAGACGCCAGAAUAUGACCUGUCAAGCCCUCCCCAAUCGCUCCCGUCAGCAAGCACAAGGCUCGCGAGUGUUUGUCCAGACGGUCACGCAACGAUGGAUCCGAAAGUCACCAACGAAGCGGCCCGAAAUGGUCUUCAUCUCCGUCAAGCGUCAGCGAAAGCUGAAGAUGAAGAAGCACAAGUAUAAGAAGCUGAUGAAGAAGACUCGUACGCUGCGCCGGAAGUUGGAUCGUCAGUGA